AUGGAAGAUAGCCUACCGUUCGAUGUACUCGAAAAAGCCGGUGAGCUAGGCUUUGGAGCGAUCUAUUGCGAUGAGACGUUCGGUGGUACCGGACUGAAUCGUAUUGAUGCAUCGAUAAUUUUCGAACAAUUGGCUGCCGGUUGUACGAGCACAGCAGCUUAUAUCAGUAUUCAUAAUAUGUGCGCAUGGAUGAUUGGUAUUUUCUUUGUUGAAUUCGCUGAAUCCACUGAAAUAAAAAACUUUAGGUUAUCUUAUUUUUCACGAAUCGACUCGAUUCGGAAAAGUUGA